UCGGAGAGGGCUGACAUGAGACGAACCAAUGUGACUGCACUUGCAACCGCCGAGCUAGGCAGUUUUAUCGAGGAGCGCGGCCAAUACGCGUAAUUUUUGGAUGGGGAAAGAAUAAUUUCUUGACGCCAAGCAGAAGUUUUAAAAGGAGUAGCCUACUAUUUGAAGAUGCAAUAGGAAAAACAAACAAUUAACGACUCACUGGAUUACAGAGUUGAAGUGCCCAAUAUGCCAAGCCGUGUGGAUUUAAUGAAAAUUCAAAUCUGUGUAGCAGGCUACUGAUCUUCGAUGGGACGCUCUUCUAAGUGAGGAACCGAAAUAGCCUAUGUUAGGCUACGGCCAAGUACCCAUUUGAGGAUGUCAAGUUUUGGAUGAUAUGACAUGACUUUACUUGGGUUACUUUGGAAAUGUAUGAAAUGAGAAAAACAAUCAAUCUAUCUCAAUGAAAGGAAUGCUGCAACCACCAUAAAUAAGUUUCACACCUGUGAGGUAAGCCCAAAGACAGAAGACUCAGGAUGAGAAGAUGGCAGCCUUGCUGUUACCAGCGGGUCCCGACAGCUUACACCGGUUCACUCGUGAAUCCCUGGCUGGCAUCGAGCAGCGCAUCGCCGAGGAGGAGGCGAAGAACGCUAAGGAGUACCAGGAGGACCUGGGGGACGUGGAGCUGCUCAAGGCCCGCGCUGACCUGGAGGCCGGCAAGCAGCUGCCCCGCAUCUUCGGAGACAUUCCCUCUGCACUGGUGGGCGUUCCUCUGGAGGAUAUCGACCCGUUCUAUUUCAAGAACCAGAGAACCUUUAUAGUACUCAACAAGGGGAAGGCCAUCUUUCGAUUUAGUGCCACACCUGCACUCUAUAUUUUUAGCCCUUUUCAUCCUGUUAGAAGAGCAUCAAUAAAGGUUUUGGUACACUCAUUAUUCAGUUUUUUCAUAAUGUGCACUAUUUUGACCAACUGUUGUUUCAUGGCGAUGUCUGAACCUGCACAAUGGGCCAAGUAUGUCGAGUACACUUUCACUGGCAUUUACACGUUUGAGUCCCUGAUUAAGAUGCUGGCGAGAGGUUUCUGCUUGGGGCCGUUCACAUUCCUACGAGACCCCUGGAACUGGUUAGACUUCAGCGUGAUCGUCAUGGCAUAUGUCACUGAGUUUGUGGACUUGGGCAAUGUGUCAGCGCUACGAACGUUCAGAGUACUACGAGCACUGAAAACAAUAUCGGUCAUCCCAGGCCUGAAGACCAUCGUGGGCGCCCUCAUCCAGUCGGUGAAGAAGCUGGCAGAUGUGAUGAUUCUCACGGUCUUCUGCUUGAGUGUUUUUGCUCUGAUCGGUCUGCAGCUCUUCAUGGGCAACCUGCGACAGAAGUGUGUGCGCAGCACGGCCCACUGCAUCAACACCACGCUGGGCAGCAUCGUCACCAACACCUCCUUCAUCUGUAACAACAAGACUUGGUCCUCCCUCCAGGAGUUCAUCACCACUGAAGAUAAUUUUUACAAGGUGGAGGGAGCCAAGGACCCCUUAAUAUGUGGAAACGCAAGCGAUGCAGGAAAAUGUCCGGAUGGCUUUGAGUGUAUGAAGACUGGCCGGAACCCUGAUUAUGGCUACACUAGUUUUGACUCAUUUGGCUGGGCAUUCCUAUCACUCUUUCGGCUUAUGACUCAGGAUUACUGGGAAAAUCUUUAUCAUCAGACGCUACGAUCAGCUGGGAAGACCUACAUGGUGUUCUUCGUGGUGGUCAUCUUCUUGGGGUCCUUCUACUUGGUCAACCUGAUCCUGGCGGUGGUGGCCAUGGCCUAUGAGGAGCAGAACCAGGCCACCAUCGCUGAAGCCUGGCAGAAAGAACGGGAGUUUCAGCAAGCUAUUGAACGCCUACGUCAAGAGCAGCAAAAAGUGACAGAAACUGAGUCGAUGAUUACUCCAGACCUAUCUCCAUACAUUCCUCUGGAAGAAAGAGCUCGGAGGAAAAGCCAAAAACCCCUCAAUGAAGAGACUGACAACAAGAGUGAGGAGAAAACACAGAAAAUCGACUCAAUAGAGGGCAUGAAGCACACAACACACGGAUUUCUUGUACGCACAUUGUCAUCGCACACCAGGAGGGGCAGUCAGGUCAGCAUCUUCAACUUCCGCUCGCGCAACAAAGACUCGGAGGCGGACUUUGCCGACGACGAGUACAGUGUACACGGAGAUACGGACAGUCGGACGGGAUCGCUGGCACUCCCGUGGCCCACGCGGCGUACCAGCACUCAGAGCAUUGCCAGCCACGGCUCUGGGGUCUUCUUCCCCAGCCUCAACAUCAACGGCAAGAUCUUCAUAGCUAUGGAUCAGAAUGGGAUGAUGUCAGGUCAAGGACCUCUUACUACGCUGCCUUCCUGCACCAUGGAGAAGGUCAUGGAGGAGAGUGGCCAGAACUCCACCAAUGAGCUGAGUAGCAUGCUGGUGCCCAGCCAGAUCUCCAUCGAGGAGUUCACCCAGAGAGACCGCACCAUGAGUGCAGCCAGCUACUUCACCGAUGCCAUGGAGGAGCUGGAGGAGGCUCAUCAGAAGUGCCACCCCUGCUGGUACACGUUUGCCCACAAGAUCCUCAUCUGGAGGUGCACCCCGAACUGGCUGAGGGUGAAGGACGUGGUCAAGGUCAUGGUGAUGGACCCCUUCCUGGACCUGGCCAUCACCAUCUGCAUCGUGCUCAACACACUCUUCAUGGCCAUGGAGCACUACCCCAUGACCGACGAGUUCAAUGCCAUGCUCUCCAUCGGCAAUCUGGUUUUCACUGGAAUCUUCACUGCUGAGAUGGUUCUGAAGAUCAUCGCUCUGGACCCGUACUUCUACUUUCAGCAAGGCUGGAACAUUUUCGACAGCAUCAUUGUAUGCCUGAGCCUGAUGGAGCUGGGCCUAUCUGAUGUGGAGGGCUUAUCUGUCCUGCGAUCUUUUAGACUGCUGAGGGUUUUCAAGCUGGCAAAGUCGUGGCCCACCCUGAACACCUUGAUCAAGAUCAUCGGCAACUCUGUGGGCGCGCUGGGGAACCUCACGCUGGUGCUCGCCAUCAUCGUCUUCAUCUUUGCCGUGGUGGGAAUGCAACUGUUUGGCAAGAACUACGAGGUCUGCGUCUGUAAGAUCUCCAAGGACUGCGUGCUGCCCCGCUGGCACAUGAAGGAUUUCUUCCACUCCUUCUUGAUCGUGUUCCGCGUGCUGUGCGGCGAGUGGAUCGAGACCAUGUGGGACUGCAUGAAGGUGGCGGGACAGCCUCUCUGCAUUCUCGUCUUCAUGCUGGUCAUGGUGAUUGGCAACCUGGUGGUCCUGAAUCUUUUCCUGGCCUUGCUGCUGAGCUCGUUCAGCGCUGACAACUUGUCGGCCCCAGACGACGACGGGGAGAUGAACAAUCUGCAGAUAGCCAUCGCUCGGAUCCAGCGGGGCCUCGGUUGGCUCCGCCGAGCCCUCUGCGACUUCUUCAACGGUAACUUCAAGCGAGCCGGCAGAAAGCCAAGGAGGCCAAGGCCAUGCUCAAGGUGAGACCAUACAGGUGAAAUCAUCAUUUUGUCACGCCCUGGUCAAAUUAAGAUUUUGGGCCAGUUUCUGGCUCCCUUAACCCAUUGUGUCCUGGAGACACAUAUACGCUCAGGAGCUGAGGAGGGCAAUGGGGACAGCUACAUCACCAACCCCAACCUCACCAUCAGCGUGCCCAUCGCGCCCGGCGAAUCGGACGUGGACUUCCCCGAGGAGGAGGACGAGGAGGAGGAGGACGACGAUGACAGCAAGGGGUCGGAGGAUGAGGACAAGACGCUGAAAGCGAAGGAUGACAUCAGCCUGUCGGAGGGCAGCACUGUGGACCUGAAGAAGGCUGGCGAGGAGGAGGAGGAGUACUCCGAGACGGCUGAAGAGACAAUGGAGCCUGAGAACUGCUUUCCUGAAGCAUGUGUUCGCCAGUUCCAAUGUUGUGAGAUCAACACGUCCCAGGGCCUGGGCCAGAUGUGGUGGACGCUGAGGAAGACUUGUUACCAGAUAGUGGAGCACAGCUGGUUCGAGUCCUUUAUCAUCUUCAUGAUCCUGCUGAGUAGCGGAGCCCUGGCAUUUGAAGACAUUUACAUAGAACAAAGAAAAGUGGUCAAAGUCAUCCUGGAGUUUGCGGACAAAAUUUUUACCUACAUCUUCAUUUUGGAGAUGAUCCUGAAGUGGAUAGCCUACGGCUUUAAGAAGUACUUCACUAAUUACUGGUGCUGGUUGGACUUCCUCAUCGUCGAUGUGUCUUUAGUGAGCCUCGUUGCCCAUGCUUUUGGCUAUUCUGACUUUGCUGCCAUCAAAUCACUAAGGACGCUCAGGGCGCUCAGACCUCUGAGGGCACUGUCCAGAUUUGAAGGCAUGAGGGUGGUGGUCAACGCUCUGAUUGGGGCCAUUCCGUCCAUCAUGAACGUGCUGCUGGUGUGUCUCAUCUUCUGGCUCAUCUUCAGCAUCAUGGGCGUCAACCUGUUUGCUGGCAAGUUCGGCCGCUGUGUCAACCAAAUGGGGUACAUCUACAAUGUCACGGACAUCAACAACAAGACCCAGUGCUUGGCCAAGAACGAUGUGCAGUAUUACUGGACCAAGGUGAAAGUCAACUUCGAUAAUGUGGGUGCUGGAUACCUCGCUUUGCUUCAAGUGGCUACCUUUAAAGGUUGGAUGGACAUCAUGUAUGCAGCAGUGGAUUCACGUGCAGUGAAUGAACAGCCAAUCAAGGAGGUGAACUUGUACAUGUACCUGUACUUUGUGAUUUUCAUCAUAUUUGGCUCAUUCUUCACGUUGAAUCUCUUCAUCGGUGUCAUCAUUGACAAUUUCAACCAACAGAAAAGAAAGUUAGGAGGGGAGGACAUCUUCAUGACUGAAGAACAAAAAAAAUACUACAAUGCCAUGAAAAAGCUUGGGUCCAAAAAGCCUCAAAAGCCGAUCCCACGGCCUGUGAACCCAGUGCAAUGUUUCUUCUUUGACCUGGUGUCAAAACAAGCCUUCGACAUCCUGAUCAUGAUGCUCAUCCUGCUGAACAUGCUGACGAUGAUGGUGGAGACAGAUGAGCAGUCUGCCAGGAUGGAGGAGAUCCUGUACAACAUCAACUUGGCCUUCAUCAUCAUCUUCACCACAGAGUGCAUCAUCAAGAUCAUUGCCCUCCGUUGCCAUUUCUUUAAGAUUGGCUGGAACAUUUUUGACUUUGUAGUGGUCAUCCUCUCCAUUGUAGGUAUUGUCCUUGCUGACAUAAUUGAGAAAUACUUCGUUUCGCCGACCCUUUUCCGAGUCAUUCGACUGGCCAGAAUUGGACGGAUUCUACGGUUAAUUCGGGGAGCCAAAGGAAUAAGGACGUUACUCUUUGCCUUAAUGAUGUCCCUGCCAGCUCUGUUCAACAUUGGGCUCCUCCUCUUCCUCGUCAUGUUCAUCUACGCCAUCUUUGGGAUGGCCAAUUUUGCCUACGUGAAGAAGCAGGACGGUAUCGACGACAUGUUCAACUUUGAGACGUUUGGAAACAGCAUGCUGUGCUUGUUCCAGAUCACCACGUCAGCUGGCUGGGACGGGCUGCUGAGCCCCAUCCUGAACAACUUGCCCGAGGAGUGCGAUGCCAACAUUCCACACACAGGCACCAACGCCAGGGGCAACUGUGGGAACCCUUCAGUCGGGAUCACCUUUUUUGUCACCUACAUCAUCAUUUCUUUCCUCAUUGUGGUCAACAUGUACAUAGCCAUAAUCCUCGAGAACUUUAGCGUGGCCACGGAGGAGAGCACAGAGCCACUGAGCGAGGACGACUUUGAGAUGUUCUACGAGGUGUGGGAGAAGUUUGAUCCCGAGGCCACGCAGUUCAUUGAAUACUCCAAGCUCUCUGACUUUGCGGACACUCUGUCCGAGCCGCUGCGCAUUGCCAAGCCCAACAAGAUCAAACUCAUCUCCAUGGACUUGCCCAUGGUGAGCGGCGACAAGAUUCACUGCCUAGACAUCCUGUUUGCCUUCACGAAGCGCGUGCUGGGCGAGUCGGGCGAAAUGGACGCUCUGAAGCAACAGAUGGAGGAGAAGUUCAUGAUGGCGAACCCGUCCAAGAUCUCCUACGAGCCCAUCACCACUACCCUGCGGCGCAAGCAGGAGGACGUCUCGGCCACUAUCAUCCAACGGUGUUACAGGAGACACCUGGUUCGGAGACAGGUGAAACAAGCGUCUUUCCUCUAUCGGCAGAUUAACACUAUGGCCAGCACAGAGGGGGGUGUCUCCAAAGACGACAGCCUUGCUCCUCCUGAGAAGGAGGGACUGAUUGCCUCCAUGAUGAAAGAGAACUAUGCGCCUGAUGUGGAGCUUCUAGAGACUCUGUCCUCCACCUCCUCGCCGCCCUCUUAUGACAGUGUGACGAGGGCAACGAGCGACGUUUUCCAAUCUUUAUUACCAGAGACCAGGGAGACUGACCUGAGGGCAACGAGAGACGUUUUCCAAUCUUUAUUACCUGAGGCCAGGGAGAGUGACCUGAGCAACCGUUACCCUUCCCCAGACAGAGACCACAAUUUUUUGUGUAACAUUGAAGAAGUCCACAUUUAAUUCAUGUCAUUUGUUUGUUUUGUUUACUGAAUGUACUUAGAGGUCAUAGGACAACACUUAUUUCUGUCUUGACAUGAUGGUGUAUCAAAACUGCAGGGUUCUCAGUGAUUUUUCAGAUUUCAGUUUUUUUCUUGAGAGCAAUAUGAUUACUCACAAGAAAAAAUACCACAUACACAUGUAAACUACUACGCCAUUUAGAAGUAGUCCUUAUGGCCCUGUUCAUGUCAAUCCUAAGUUUAUAUGCAUGAAGGACUUCUGCAGGGUCGUCAUCUUUAUAUCACUAGUGGUACUCUCUUACUAGACUGAGAUAUACAGUUUAUCAAAUUAUGCCUGAAUGAGUACUUAAAGGUCUUAGUUAUAAUGGUGUUAUUCCUCCAAAUAACAGCUAUAAAUUAGGCAAAAGAUAAGGGAAUAUCACUAUGGUAGUAUAUCAGUGUCUAAUUAUCAGUCAUUCAAUCAUAGGAUGAUUAUGGUUCAUGUUAUUUUUGAUAUUUUUACUUUGUACUUUUAUUGCCACUACUCAUUUUGAGUAGGCAACAAAAGCAUUGAAUACUACUGUACUACACCAUCAUAAAACGGAAGGACAGGUAACAAAAAAAACAAGAACAUGACUUGAGCUGUUUUUGCACAAGUGCAAUUUCAGUUUACACACACAAUUUUUUCCCUUUACAUCAGUUGUUUAUCAGUAACCUGAUCUAAAUUACAGAGUAGUAAAUACGAUCAGUGUAAAUGACAAUCAAGCCACUUUGAUAAUAGUUUCUUGAUUCAAUUAACACAUUGGGAUGUGUGUAGCCAUUGUUGCAACUUUAUUUUAGAGAGCGGGUCAUUUCACGCCAAUUGCACAAAUCUCAAUGCACUUGCGUCUGAAAAUAUUCUGAAAAUAUUCUGAAAAUAUUACUGGGUGUACCUUAGAAAUCCAAGAGAACGGAUUGAUAUUUUCUUUUAAGUGAAUUGGUAUCCUUUCCAAGUUUACCAUCCAAUUCAUAGGGGGAGGGGUGUCAAUUUUGUUCAGCCAUUGCUUUUCUGCAAAAAUUCUGAAGCCUGUAGCGUAAGAGCAGUACAAUAGAGAAGGCUUACAUUUGACAUGCUGGCAAAAGUUCAUAUUUGUUCAUACAUCUCACAGGGGUCCACCAAAGUUGAUAAACAUUUGCUGUGCUCUGUUUUGGCCUUCAGAAGACAUUAAAUGUCUCAACAUUUACCGGUAAUAGGCCUACAUUCUUCUCAACACAGUAGGUGCUUGGUGUUUUGGUCUUAGAUUUGUGGAAACACUUUCAUAAUAGUCAUCAUAGAAGUUCAGUCAUGGUCUCAAUAGGAGACUUCUCAAAUGUCGAAAAAUAAUUUUCAAUCUCAUUUUCAGAUAACUCAAAUACCUUGUGGGAAUGUACCGUCCCUCUAUAUAAAAGGUUGGUAACUUGGAAAGGGUACCAUUUCAGAAGGAGACUUCAGUCCUUCUUCUUGAAUCUCUUUGGAAUAUACAGUAAUAUUAGUCAAAUAUUUCAGACGUGAGAAGUGUGUGGAGAUUUUUUUUGAUUACCGUGGAAUGACCCAUACACAUUUUGUUUUCAUUUUGCUUAAGCAAAAUUAUUUAGCCUUUGCAAUAGUUUUUUUGCACAUUUUGACUGCAUCCUUCUUGGUCAAAAUACUCAAGUUGUUAUUUUGUCCUACUGUAUUUUGCACACACCCAGCUCAGCAAUAAUUUGCUACUUCUUAGUUUGUAAAACAAUUUUAAAAAUAAGUGUCAAAGUUUAUAUUGUAUUGGCGUCAUCUCUCUGAACAAUUUGUUUGUCGCCACUAUGGCUCUAUACCAGGGAUGUCAAACUCAGGCCCGGGGGCCAAAUUUGGCCCGCGGAGCCAUUUUAUUUGGCCCGCGAGAUCAUUUCAAAUGUGUAUUACAGGUGGCCCUCAUACACCACAACUGUGUAGUUUAUUAAGAGUUGAACAUGAAAAUGCUUAUAUCACAGGAAUGGGUGGGUGGGCCCAGGCCAUUGCAGCUCACACUCAAAUUCAACAGAAUAUGUGCAGGCACAUUUGAACUAUUUGGUUGAAUUUAAACAUGAGCAAUUUUUGUCCAUUUUUGUUACAAAAAAUAUAUAUAUUGAGUUUGGCCCGCGACUUCGCUCCAGCUUUUGAUUUUGGCCCUCUGAGGAUUUGAGUUUGACACCCCUACUCUAUACUCUUUACUGGUUACAGCACAUCUGUUUUUUAUAUCUCAGAGUCAAUUUUAAGGAUGGGAUCUUGGAUGUAUCUUUCAAGAUAGGAUUGUAGGAAUGUUGAAGGGCUGUCUUCUGUAGCAAUAGACCCAGUGUGUGCCUGCUAGAAAUCUUAUCCUCUGUAUCCAUCUUUGUUCAUUACUACAAGCCCAGCUUUCUCACCAUAAAAAGCCAUCAUAGACAAGCUGUUCCCAAUGUUUUUUUUGUUAUAUUUUUGAGAGUUUAUGAUUGACCUCUACUCAUUCUAAAGCACAUUUAGACAUAAUGGUUCAGAACCCACACAUUACUAUGAAGAACUUUAAGCAACACUAUGUAUUUUUUAACAACCUCUAAAUCUUUUCAACUAAUUUUCUUCCUUAAGCAGCAGUAAGUUCACAUGGAAGAGAUGGCUGAUUCUCAAUAGUUUUGAAUGAUGAGUUUUUUUAGGUGUGCAUGUACUAGCACAAAGGUAAGGUGCACCCAAGAUUUAAGUGUGCCAAUUUGAAGAUGGCCUCCUACAAACUCCAACUCUGUUGAAGUUGGAACACCAGGUAAAUUGUUAAUUGGGGGUUGUGAAUGUCUACCAUCAUGCAUAUGCAUACCUGCAUAUCAUGCACAUACCUGUCCGUAGCCAAUCACAGCUGAAUGCUAUUCUUCUUCUAAAUUAAACUUUGAACCUAAACUCUGUCCAA